GUUUUUGCUCUGUUCUCUUCUGUUUUGUUGUGUCGCUAAGGACUCGGGAAGAAAAAAUGGGGUCCGUCUCUUUGCCCUUGCAGCAGUUGCAUUCUCAACUUUCACUCUCUGUCUCUUACAACCCUCUUUUUUGUUUUUCUGCGUUCUCUCUCUGUUUUCCUUCAUUCGGUGUUCAUUUUCAAUCUCUCUCUCUUUGAAUUUUUCUAUUUUCUUCUUGUCCGUUUAGGAGCUACUACCAUUCAGGCGGGCUCAGUUUGUAUGUUUUGUCUUUAUUAAUUGAGUUUUGGAGUCGAUUUUUUCAUUUGGCUAUCUGAAACUUUCCAAUUUCCUCUAUAUUUUGUUGUUUUUCUUUCUGGGUCUCUCGCUUUUGUUACUGGAAAGAGCUACAGAAAGUGUGGUUGUUGUUUAUUCAAUGGUGAGAGUAGCGGAUUCUCAUUUGACUGGUCUCUCAUUCCCAUUACGGAUCAAUUUCUCUAAUGCCCUGCUUCCUAAUUUUGAUUCUUUUGAGUCUUCCCCCCGAAGAUUUUCCUCCUCUGUUUGAUAUUCCCUUGCAUUUUAACUACUUCCUCCAAUGAAUCCAUGGACACGUCUCCUUCAACUUGAGGGAUUUCUCCAUUAGCUUCGGUACCCAGUUUUGAGAUUCGAAUAUUUUUCUCAAAUGGGUUUGAGUAACUUUAAUCGCACUAUUAUGUAGGAAUUGAAUGAAGAAGCCUUGUUUGGAAUUAAUUUGGUUUUCAAAUGGGGAAGAAAAGAUAUAGCGUUAAGUUUAUGAUUCUAUUACUGUUAGUAUUCUCUUUUUUCCAUCUCUCCGACGAAAAAUGCCAGGAAAGAACAAGCAAUCACUUCGCUUCUUCAGGACCGCCAUUGCCAACAACAUCAUCAACACCAACAAGCUCUCCACGGUUCAAAAAUGGCGUCCGAAGAAUCAUCUUCAGUGUUCUAUUAGGAGUAGUUAUAGGCUUAAUGGGUUCCUUUCUUUUUGCUUGUUUAAUCCGCAGCUUCGUCCGUUACCUAAACAAAACCCCAAUUCUCAAAGGCCCUGUCAUAUUCUCCCCCAUAAUCGACCCUAAAACCCUCCAUCUCGCCCUCAGAAACGAAAAUCAGCUUCUGGGGUCCAAUCCCCAUGGGAAAUACUACAGAACUAUUCUAGAUAACGGGCUGACGAUCGCCGUGAAACGGCUUGAAGGGUCCGAGAACACGGCAAGGAAGUCGGAGAAGAGGCUGACACAGCUGCAACUUGAGAGGCUGGCCAGGCUUAGACAUAGGAAUUUAAUGAGCUUAAGGGCUUAUGUUGGGGAAGGAGAAGGAGUGUGGUUGGUUUAUGAUUAUGUGGGAACAGGAAGCCUUGAGGAUGUGAUGAAGAGAGUGAGGGAGAAUGAAGUAAGGUUGGGAUGGGAAAUUAGGCUUGGGAUUGCAGUUGGGGUUAUAAAGGGUCUUCAGUAUCUUCAUUUUGAGUGUGAUCCUCAGAUUCUUCACUAUAAUUUGAAGCCUUCAAAUGUUAUGUUGGAUGGUGAGUAUGAACCAAGGUUGGCUGACUGUGGCUUGCCUAAGUUGUUCUCUAACUUGAACAUGGCUUCUACCUCUGCCUAUACCUCACCUGAGUGCUUGCAGGACUGCAGUUUAAACAGGUAUAGCGAUAAGAGCGACAUCUUCAGCUUCGGGAUGAUUUUGGCUGUUCUACUGACAGGUAAAGAUCCAACAGAUCCGUUCUUUGGAGAAGCAGCAAGCGGAGGUAGUUUAGGUCAGUGGCUACGACAUUUACAGGUUGCCGGGGAGGCACGAGAAGCGCUAGAUAAGAGUAUCAUAGGAGAAGAAGGGGAAGAAGAUGAAAUGCUAAUGGCAGUGAGGAUUGCUGUUGUUUGUUUAUCAGAACAGCCAAUAGAUAGACCUUCAAGUGAUGAGUUGGUACACAUGUUAACCCAAUUGCAUAGUUUUUGAAAACUCAUCCAAUUCAAUCUUGAAUUAGGAUUUUUAUUUUUAUUUUUUAGAAUCUGAAAAGAAGAAAGAGUAUUACUGUAAAGUGGUUUUUGACCUGUCUGUUGAUGAUGAAAAAGAAGCUUUUUUGUGCAAAGGAAAUUCCAUUUUGGAGAGUUAUGAUUGUUUGAUGAAA